CUGAUGGGUAGUAGCAGCUAACGUUUGGCUGAUACCCGACUCUCAAUACAGCUGCUGCAAAAGGUGGAAAGAUAGGCAGAGUGCAAAGCCAAGGUUUUCGUUUAGACUGACCAAUCGAUGCCCCAAAUUAUCUUUUUUUAUGCAAGCAAAGAAGUUGUUUCUCUCUGAUGCGGGAAACGUUUUCUCUGCUAAAAGAAGGGGGGAAAGCAAAACAGCAAUCUUUGCUAAAUAAAAAAAGGAUCUGCGUAACUCUGGGCUUCUGCAGGACCGCGGAGACUGAUGGGUACUCAUUGAAAUAUGCUGAUGGAUACAUGGCUAAACCUGGUGCUGAGGUCAUGGCUGUCCUUGUUUUAUUCUUCUAAACUGGCCACCCAGGGACAAGACUUCACCUUAGGUCUAAACAUCACUGACAGCUCUCGCAGAAGCAGUGCAUCAUAAACAGGUCUUUUAAAGACCCUUCACAACAGAAAACUGGAGUGGUCUGGGUUACUAGGGCCAAGACUGAGGUGGUGGAGGUCCUGAACCAGUGGCUAGAAGGUGCCAGAUUUAUAGAAUAACACAGUCAAGAUCAUGGGAGAUAUGAAGACCCCUGACUUUGAUGACCUUCUUGCAGCCUUUGAUAUCCCUGACAUGGUUGAUCCCAAAGCGGCUAUUGAAUCUGGCCAUGAUGAUCAUGAAGGGCAAAUCAAGCACAACGUCCAUACAGAAGAGGACAGCCAUGUUCCACCGGUUCCUGAUGUUGGGGUCAGUGUUAUUGUGAAAAACAUCCGCAAUAUUGAUCCUUGUGAGCAUGCAGCCACAGAGAAGGAGGUUCAUCCCUCCAUGGGGAAUGGGUUGCAUAAUGGCUUCUUAGCCAUGUCUCCUGUUGACCGCUAUGCUAAAGAAGCUGGAAAGUCACUGAAGGAAGAUGGACAUGGAUCUACCAUGAAAGACUCUUCAUUCAACCAAUUCAGCCCUAUCUCCAGUGCAGAGGAAUUUGAUGAUGACGACAAAAUUGAGGUUGAUGACCCAUUGGACAAGCAGGACAAUCUGUCCAGUUUCAGGACAAAUCCACUCACAGGAUCAGCUGUGAAGAGAGAUGAGGACAAACCUAAAGCGAUAGUAGGGGAAAUUUUAACAAAAACUGGGGCAAAUGGGGAUCAUGACAAAAUUAAAACCAUUAAAAGGGAAAAUGAAAGUGCAUUAGGUAGUUUAAAUCUGUAUGAGCAACCAAAGUCAAGGAAGGUUGAUGAGAAGGCAAAGGAGAUUGUGCAGAAGACUCUAGAUGGGAAGGAAAGUGGAGAAAAAUUGGGUCAAAAUGCAUCAAGUGUUUCCCAAGCUAAAGCAAAGUCAUCUGCAAAACUGUCCUCAUGUAUUGCUGCAAUUGCUGCUCUUAGUGCAAAAAAAGCCACCACAGAUUCUGCCCCUGUGCUCCAUACUAGUCCUAGGGACUCACCUAUGGAAGCUAAGGAGAGUCCGAGGAUCAUUGAGAAGUCUGCAGAUCCUGAGACACCUGUGGAGUUCACAAAGAAAGUAUUUGCAAGACAGCCAGAAAGCCCCUGUAGUGUUUCCAGUGAAACCAGUAGUAAAGGCUCCCCAUCUUCCCCAGCUGGUUCAACACCUGCUAUUCCCAAAGUUCGUAUAAAAACAAUAAAAACAUCCUCUGGGCAGAUUAAGCGUACUGUCACGAGGGUCCUGCCGGAGUUUGAUCAAGAAGGCAGUAAAAAAGUGAUCGACCAAACCUCAUCAAUUGUCGUCUCUUCUCUUUUGUCUUCUCCUACUUCGACAUCUGUCCUUUCCUCCCCUUCCCGAACUCCACUGCCAACAACAGUGGUUGCUACUUCGGCCAGUUCAACAACUGAAAUUACUAAACAGAUGACUAUUAAGCCAGUGGCUACCGCCUUCCUGCCUGUCUCUGCAGUCAAGACAGCGGGUUCCCAGGUGAUUAAUCUGAAACUGGCCAAUAACACCACAGUAAAAGCUACAGUCAUACCAGCUGCCUCAGUUCAAAGUGCUAGCAGUGCUAUUUUAAAAGCUGCCAAUGCCAUCCAGCAGCAGACUGUCAUGGUGCCUGCUUCCAGCCUUGCCAAUGCGAAACUUGUGCCAAAGACUGUCCACCUUGCAAAUCUCAAUCUCCUGCCUCAAACCACCACAACUGCUUCUGAACUCCGCCAAGUGCUUUCCAAACCCCAGCAGCCAAUCAAGCAGUCUAUGAUCCCCACCCAGCCUCCGAAGAAGGUGUCCAGGGUACAAGUACUAGCAAGCUCACAGAGCUCAGUGGUAGAAGCCUUCAAUAAGGUUCUAAGCAGCAUUAACCCAGUGCCCGUUUAUGUUCCUAACCUCAGCCCCCCCUCUGCCGCCUGUAUUACCAUACCCUCCCGUGGCUACAAGUGCUUGGAAUGCGGAGACUCCUUUGCCUUGGAGAAAAGCCUCACUCAGCACUACGACAGAAGGAGUGUUCGUAUUGAAGUGACCUGUAACCACUGCGCUAAGAACUUGGUUUUCUACAAUAAGUGCAGCCUUCUUUCUCAUGCACGUGGUCAUAAAGACAAAGGCGUGGUAAUGCAGUGCUCUCACUUGAUCUUGAAGCCCAUACCAGCGGACCAGAUGAUUGCCUCACCUUUUCCCUCCUCAGUUGUUGCCACCACCACCAUACAUAACUCCACAGCCAGCACUGUAAAUUCUGUAACAAAAACUACGCCGGCUGCACUCAGCACUGUUAUAUCUGCACCCUCUACUGCUCCAGUAGUUGCUGCCAUGCCCCUUGAUGAGGAUCCGUCCAAGCUGUGCAGACAUAGCCUUAAGUGUUUAGAAUGCAGCGAAGUGUUCCAGGAUGAAGCCUCUCUUGCUAUGCAUUAUCAACAGGCACUAGAGUCCAGUGGGCAGAAAACUUGCAACAUUUGCCAAAUGCUGCUUCCGAACCAGUGCAGUUUUGCUUCACAUCAGAGAAUUCACCAGCACAAAUCUCCAUACACAUGUCCGGAAUGUGGAGCCAUCUGCAGAUCGGUCCAUUUCCAGACCCACGUCACCAAGAACUGCCUGCACUACACCCGCCGAGUGGGCUAUCGCUGUAUCCACUGUAGUGUAAUCUAUGCGGAUGUGGCUGCCCUGAAGUCGCAUAUCCAGGGGACUCACUGUGAAAUCUUCUAUAAAUGUCCUAUCUGUCCAAUGGCAUUUAAAUCAGCACCAGGCACCCAUUCUCAUGCCUAUACACAGCACCCUGGAGUCAAAAUAGGAGAACCCAAGUUAAUCUAUAAGUGCUCCAUGUGUGACACAGUGUUCACACAGCAGACGUUGCUUUACUCCCACUUUGACCAGCACAUCGCCAAUCAGAAAGUCUCUGUCUUCAAAUGCCCAGACUGCUCCAUGCGUUAUGCACAGAAGCAGCUUAUGUUGGAUCAUAUAAAGUCUAUGCAUGGCACACUAAAAACAAUUGAGGGUCCACCAAACCUGGGUAUAAACCUUCCCCUUACCACCAAGCCAACAAAUCCAAUUACAUCCAGCCAAAAUGGCAAGGAUGUCAAUUCUGUGAACGGGGUGGAAAAGAGUGACAAGAAGCCUUCCUGCACUGUGAAGAAAAGUAACACUACUUCCCUGUCCAAGAAGCCCACCAACCCAGGCUGGAUGUGCCGGGAUUGUGACAGAUUGUUCACCCAAAGGGAAGUCUAUAUUUCUCACAUGAGGCGAGAGCAUGGGAAGCAAAUGAAGAAGCAUCCUUGUCGUCAAUGUGACAAAUCCUUCAGUUCAUCACACAGUCUCUGCCGACACAACAGAAUCAAGCACAAAGGAAUUCGAAAAGUGUACACAUGCCCUCACUGUCCGGACCCCAAUCGUUCUUUUAGUAAGCGCUUAAUGUUGGACAAGCACAUUCAGUUAAUGCAUGGCAUUAAGGACACAGAGGAAAAACAAGUGACAGAAUCCACCAAUGCUGAAGAUGCUUCAGAAAAAGAAUUUUCUAAGGCUUCUAGCCCAAAACGGAAGCUAGAAGAAACAGUUUUGGAGUUCCGUCCCCGAGGUGCUAUAACUCAGCCCCUGAAGAAGCUCAAAAUCAAUGUGUUCAAAGUCCACAAGUGUGCUGUGUGCAGCUUCACCACGGAGGACAUUGUGAAAUUCCAUGAGCACAUUCCCCAGCACAAAUCUGAUGGCUCUUCCUACCAGUGUCGUGAGUGUGGCCUGUGCUACACCUCCCACAACUCUCUGUCCAGACACCUCUUUAUAGUGCACAAAUUAAAAGAACCCCAGCCCACUUCCAGACAGAAUGGGGCAGGAGAGGACAGUCAGCAAGAAAAUAAACUGAGCCCAGAGGGCACAGAAUCUGACGGUGUCUCCGAAAGGAAGUGCAAAGUUUGUGCCAAGACAUUCGAGACAGAAGCUGCCUUGAACACUCACAUGAGAACACAUGGGAUGGCUUUUAUCAAGUCAAAAAGACUGAGUGCAACAGAGAAGUGAAUACAGUGAACAGAAGACCCGUUUUAUUAUCCAAAUACUUUUUGUUCUGUGCUACAUUUGGUUUUGUUACACUCUUCACAGCUGAGUGCUGUUAGAAUAAUGGUACAUUUUAGACAGCUGUAGUUACUACACAUUACACCAUUUUCUCUUAUAUAUCCCUUAAGUGUUUAAAAAAACUAAAUGUAUUUAAAAGCAAUUUAUGUAUAUUUAAAUAAAACUAAGAAAAACACGUUUUGUACACUCUAUGCAAAGUGUUUGUAUGGGUGUUUAAUAGAUUUUUAUAGGACGUUUAAUUUAAUUAUUUUCUGUCAGAAGCAGUCAUUUUUGUUACAGUUUGGAUGUUUUAGAUACUGUGAAGAGGGUUUAUCAUGAGGUUUAUCCUAUAACCUUAAAACACUGCAGUAUUUUAUUGCUACUGCUGCCAAAUGUCCUGGGAGAAGUCCAUGAGCUAUACAUCAGUUGAACUGUUACAAAGGAAAAAGGCAGAAAAGGCCAGAACUAUGAAAUAGCUGUAAUGUACCAUACAACCUGUUUGGUAGGAGCUUUUUAUGACUUACAUUUACUCAUUGCUUCAUUCCAUCAUUCAAUCAUUGAUUCAUUAUCAAUGAUUGAUCAUAACUAUCCCUCACAGUUAAGGGUCACAGAGAGUGCCAGAGAGAGUCUGGUUGUCUUAGAAGAUUCAGUCACGAUGAGCUCUCUUCAGCAUUUUCACGUUUGCUUCCUCAUUUCUUGGCUUAAAGUGCAGAGCUCAUGCCCAACAUUCUUGCUGAAUCUGGUUCAGUCAAAGACCAUAAUCUCCCAAGAGCUAAAUCAAUGUUGCAUUUUUUAUGUUUGCUUUAACUAUGUCUUUGAAAUGCUGCUUUUGUUCUUAUCUGGUGCAAUUGCCUUGGCUUUGAUGGGAGAAGAGAACCGUCUUUGGGAGCCUAGAGUCUGACACCCAGACAACAUGACAAGCUUAAUGGAGCUUUAAAAGAAUGCUUCUGGUGAUUGCCCUGAAGGGAACACUGAUAAAUCUGUCCUCCUCUUGAUAUGUAAAAUGUUCUGCAAAAUAUUUUGAUUAUGCAACCAAGAUGAUUGGAGGUCUUAUUCUGCCACAGUAUUCAUCUAGCAGAACUGCUGUUGAGAUAUUCCAGGUGUUCAUCUUCUUAUGGCUCUUUUACCAUUAAAGGCUUUGUUGCCAGACCCAUAUUUUCUGAUUAUAAAGUAUGCAGGAAUUGAAUCCUAAUGGGCUUACACUGUAAAUGCGGUAGCACCAAGUCUGAAGGUACUUUAAUCUGUUGAUACUGAUUGUACAUUACUUAUUCUACCAACUCUACAACAAAGACAAGUAGAUGGACUUUGGAACCCAAUUCAUUCCAUUUGGGGCAUUUUGAAGGGGAGUCAAAUGAUGUCACUGUCACCAUUCACUUAAAUCAGCAGACGGUGAAGAAAGUUUUGUGAUUAUAAAGUUGUCAUCAAAAAUUACAUUCUUUAUUUCAAACAUAUAUUGAGAACAUUGUGUGGAGAGGCACACAACAGAGAUACUUUUUAAUUUACUUUAAUGGUUCUGUUUCAGUGGAACUCACAAAUUAAGGAAUAAUAUUGUCUGUUUAGAUCUUUUCACAUGCACACCUUUUGGUUUUUGCUUUUAAAAUUGUUUAUUUUGUGGCCUUUUUACAGAGUUUGAGCCAAUAAGGUUCAGAAUACUAAUGUAAAAGAAAGAUGUGAAUAUUUGUUAAGAUGUAUUUUGUCUGGUAGAGUUUAAACUAGCCUAUUUUACUGACAGUUCAUAGAGGAAGAAAAUGUGAAUUAAAAAGUUCACAGUAUAAAUGUGCAGGUUUUAAGCAUAACCAUUCAUAUUAUAACUUACUAUUUAUCGGACUCUCCAAAAAAUGUUGUAUUCAUUAUUUUUGCCAGUUUCAGCCUAAGAAUUUAAAAAUAAUGUUUAUGUUUCACUAAAUGGGUGCUAUAUACAUGUGAUAUGUCAGCUCUCUGGAUGAAUGCUAUAUACAGAUAUUCUUAAAGCUACUUCCUUAUCCUUUUGCUUUUUAUAGACAUAAUGCUGUCUAUUGAAAGGAAAGGUAGAUGUCUGACAGAUGAUUUAUUACAUUAGUGAAGGUUUACCAGCAAGAAGAAAUUGGUAAAAAUGCCCAGUUUUUUAUAUGUGAGCAGAAAAAUAAAGAUUGUAUUUUCUUUUGUUCUUUUGUUUUGUUCUAUAGUUGUUCUUAUGCUGUUACUAAACAGGAAAAAAAUGCUUCCAAUGAUGACGACUACACCUUUAAUUGACUAACACAUGAAAGCAGUUCUGCCCUAGUGUUGCAAUAUUGAUGCACUUUGAUCAAAAUAAUUCUAUUAUCAACAAUACUCAUCAAUAUUGCUACAGUAUAUUAGACAUGUUCUAUUAUAGUUAACAUAUUUUAACAAACAAACAGUGAUAAAGGAAAUGAUUUUGGAAUGUUGUUUUUUAUGAAAGUUUGCACCUGAGGUUAUGAUUUUCAAUUACUUUGAAAAGACGAGAUUUUGGUUUUGGAAACUUCCAGAUGCUAUUCUGUUUGCCGAAUUUUGCACUGUAUCUUUUUUAUAUACACCUUAUCCUACAUUCUAUCCAGUUUUGCAGUAGUACAAGAUGUAUGGUAGACACUUGGAUUUACUUUUAGUUUUUAAGGACAAAAUGUUUAGUUCAGCUUUGAACAAUGCAAUAACAUACAAUAUUGCUAUUGUGUGUUAUUGGAAUGUUUCAAUUGCAAAAGUUGAGCAUCUAAACAGUUUUCUAGUUUCUUUCUAAAUUAAAAGUUACUAGUGAAAAUAUAAAAAUUGGGCAUUUUUCAAUGGGCCAGAGUUGUCUUCUUACUGUUUUUUUCUUAACAUUUCUAUUCAAGCCUAAUUAAAAUUGCUUCAGUUGGACCAUGUAGGUAAAGAGUUCUGUAUUGUACUGAUAACCCUGAAAAAAAAAAAAAA